UUAGGUAGGUACUCAAGAGGUGCACUCUUCAUUUGUUUCAAAGCUUCCUCAACUGUGUGUUACUGUUUUCAUAGCAGAGAAACACACGAAAUUUAGCAACCAAAUCCAGAGAACACACUGAUUGUUUUGAAAUAAAGUCAUAAACACUCUCUUUCUUUAGGGUUCCUCUUUCUUGGACUUCCCUAGAUGGCUAGAAUUAUGGUGAGCCAGAGAGCUUUAGCAACAACGGCAGUGCUAACAUGUUUGAUAUUUCUGGUUCAAGUCUUAAUGACCAACAUGGCUAGCGCAGAGAGACUGCUGAAAGAUAAAGAAGCAGAAACCCUGGUUAAGAAAGAAAUGAGCCCUGGCUAUAUAGUAAAAAUGAUUCAUUUUUUAUUUCAGGGUGGGAAGUCUUCUUAUGAGCCUGUUUGGCCUGACAUGAAGUUUGAUUGGAGAAUUGUGGUAGGAACAAUAGUAGGAUUCUUUGGGGCAGCUCUGGGUAGCGUUGGAGGAGUUGGAGGCGGUGGGAUUUUUGUACCGAUGCUCACCUUGAUCAUCGGUUUCGAUCCGAAAUCUUCCACUGCCAUUUCCAAGUGUAUGAUUAUGGGUGCAGCAGGAGCAACUGUAUAUUACAACCUGAGACUUAGGCACCCAACACUGGACAUGCCCAUAAUAGACUAUGACCUGGCUUUGCUCUUUCAGCCUAUGCUCAUGCUUGGAAUCAGCAUUGGAGUUGCCUUCAAUGUCAUGUUUGCUGAUUGGAUGGUUACCGUUCUGCUUAUUAUCCUCUUCAUAGGUACUUCUACUAAAGCUUUAUUCAAAGGGAUAGAUACAUGGAAGAAAGAGAGUGUGAUGAAAAAGGAAGCAGCCAAGCAGCUAGAAUCAGAGUCCAAACCAGGAGACGGUGCUGAAGAAGAAUACCAGCCACUUCCAAGUGGUCCAGUUGUUCUACAUGACGAUGAGGUACCUCUACGGGAAAACAUUCGCUGGAAAGAGUUAGCUCUGCUUGUCUAUGUCUGGGUGGCCUUUCUUGUUGUUCAAAUUGUUCAGACAAAUGUUCCAACCUGCUCAGUCAUGUACUGGAUCCUGAACUCAUUGCAGGUACCAAUUGCUGCCUCAGUUACGCUUUUCGAAGCCAUAUGCUUGUGCAAGGGGACCAGAGUGAUAGCAUCCAAAGGGAAGGAAAUCACAAAUUGGAAGUUACACCAGGUUCUACUCUACUGUUCAUGUGGAAUAAUAGCUGGAAUAGUAGGUGGACUGCUUGGGCUAGGAGGUGGUUUCAUCUUGGGACCUCUUUUCCUUGAAUUAGGAAUUCCUCCUCAGGUAGCAAGUGCAACAUCAACUUUUGCAAUGGCAUUCUCAUCUUCAAUGUCAGUAGUAGAGUAUUACCUCCUCAAUCGUUUCCCGGUCCCAUAUGCUGCUUACUUUGUCUUAGUUGCAACAAUUGCUGCCUUUGCUGGUCAGCAUGUGAUCAGAAGGAUAAUUGCAAUUCUUGGAAGAGCAUCAAUAAUCAUCUUCAUACUGGCCUUGACAAUUUUUGUGAGCGCAAUCAGCCUAGGUGGAGUUGGCAUUGCAAACAUGGUUGAGAAGCUGGAGAAUGACGAGUACAUGGGGUUUGAAAAUCUUUGCUAUCAAUCUUAGCUACGUUCUGUAGCAGAAUAGCAGUGGGAUUUCUCGGCAGCGUCACACCGGCAAUCAGCUCCACGUUGUCUUCAAUUUCUACAUUUAUUAUUUUCAAGUAAAAAAUAUUAUGGGUUUAUAUACAUGUCACGGGACAUUUAUUUAGAGUGACAUGUAUUUUUUGUUGUACAACUUCUCAGCUAAAACUUUAUGAUGUUAUUAUCUUGCGCAA